AUAUCCGGUCGACGUCAAAGUAGCGUCGCUGGCUGUCGCGCUCUUCCCGCUGCCGCACUGACACGUCACGAAGGUCAGGCGAGAGCGAAUAGAAAAAUGGCGACCACCUACAACACCUUCAACCUACACACAACCCCUGAGAAGUUCUACAUUGAAGCCUGUGAUGAUGGUGUCGCUGAUGUUCUGGCAAUUGACAGGGUGUCCACAGAAAUGACCCUGACAGUGAGGAAGGAUGUUCCUCCGUCAGCCGUCACUCGACCGAUCUGUGGCAUCAUGGGAACUCUACGACUGGUGGCAGGCGUGUAUCUCAUUGUCAUCACAAAGAAGAAGAAGGUGGGAGAUCUGUUGGGUCGUGCGGUCUGGAAAGCCGUCGACUUUGACAUCAUCUCAUACAAGAAGACGGUUUUGCAUCUCACUGAUAAUCAGAUGCAGGACAAUAAAGCCUUUCUGUCCAUGAUCAACAACGUCUUGAAUACAGACGGUUUCUACUUCACCACAGACUACGACCUGACACACACACUACAGCGUCUGUCCAACACCAGCCCAGAGUUUCAGGAGAUGAGCUUACUGGAGCGGGCAGAUCAGAGGUUUGUGUGGAACGGUCAUCUGCUGAGAGAAUUUACAGCUCAGCCAGAGCUGCACAAGUUUGUCUUUCCUGUUAUUCACGGCUAUAUCACCAUGAGGUCCUGCUGCAUCAACGGCAAAGUCUUCGAUUGGUGCAUCAUUUCCAGACGGAGCUGCUUCCGCGCGGGCGUUCGAUACUACGUACGAGGUAUUGAUUCUGAAGGUCAUGCGGCCAAUUUUGUGGAGACUGAACAGAUUGUGCAGUAUAACGGAGCUAAAGCUUCAUUUAUACAGACUCGAGGGUCUAUACCGUUCUACUGGUCUCAGAGACCCAACCUCAAAUACAAGCCCCACCCACAGAUCAGCAAAAACCUCAAUCAUCUGGACGGAUUCCAGAGACACUUUGACUCGCAGAUCAUAACAUACGGCAAACAAGUCAUUCUCAACUUGAUCAAUCAGAAGGGCUCUGAGAAACCUCUUGAGCUGGCCUUCGCAAAGAUGGUGAACGGUCUGGGAAACGGUAUGAUCAGAUAUAUAGCGUUUGACUUCCAUAAGGAGUGCAGUCGCAUGAGGUGGCAUCGCCUGCAGAUCCUGGUGGACACGGUGGCUGAGAUGCAGGAUGAGUUCGGAUACUUUCUGGUGGAUGCUGAUGGAACAGUCCAGGUGCAACAGGACGGGACGUUCAGAAGCAACUGCAUGGACUGUCUGGAUCGUACCAAUGUCAUUCAGAGUCUUCUGGCCCGCAGGUCUCUGCAGUCGCAGCUAGUGCGGAUGGGAGUUCUUCAUGUAGGCCAGCAGAUUGAAGAACAGGCAGAUUUUGAGAAAAUGUACAAGAAUGCGUGGGCAGACAAUGCUAAUGCUUGUGCUAAACAGUACGCGGGCACAGGAGCACUGAAGACAGACUUCACACGGACAGGGAAGAGAACUCAUUGGGGUCUGUUAAUGGAUGGCUGGAACUCGAUGAUCAGAUACUACAAGAACAACUUCUCAGAUGGAUUCAGACAGGACUCCAUCGAUCUGUUUCUUGGGAACUACGCCGUGGAAGAAGCAGAUAUGAACACACCUCUACAUGAACCCAAAGACUGGAAGUUCCUCACGCUGCCCAUCAUUAUGGUCGUUGCGUUCUCGAUGUGCAUCAUCUGUCUGCUCAUGGCCGGUGACACGUGGACGGAGACUUUGGCCUACGUGCUGUUCUGGGGAACUGCGAGCUUCGUCACAGGCGGCGUCAUUCUCUUCAACGGACGGGACUUUGUUGACGCUCCCAAACUAGUGCAGAAAGAGAAGAUGGACUGAAUGUGUGUGUGUGGAAAGCAGCUCGGACCCUCGGAGUCUUCAUCAUCCUCCUCAUCCUCAGUGCUGUCUCACUCUCAGCUUCAUCGGCCCUGGAGUCUGUACUGACGGUAAAGGAGGAGGAGAGGUGAAGGGCGAGGGACGGGAGGGGCGAGACGGACGCCUGCUGCUCUCCACACGGUUGACGUUUCAUAGAGGACCAGGUCCUCUCUGCAUCACAGAGUCCCACAGUGCCAGCAGCCAAUGAGAAGCUUCACUCGAGCACCUUAAGACCAUCAUGCAUUUCAUGUGCGGACUCUAAACUCAUCCGGACGCUUUCCAUGAGUUUUUUCGGCCCCAGAGACCGCUUCAUCGCUGCUUGUUUCUUCGCACAAACAUGCUGAUGUUGUGUUGCUCUUCUGUACAUUGCCCGCUUUUAUGAACCGUCUUGUCUUGGGUUCCAGUAAACAUCCUGAAAUUCAGUUGUUUGCAGAAUCGUGUAAGGGAAUGGUCUUGAAUUAUUUGCCUUUCUUACCCUAAACUUUUCACAAGAGUGUGUGGAAGUGAAUGAAGAAUAAACUGUUGACAACAGAAGCACAUUUACUAUCAGAAAGACAUAAACAGACCCGAUGGAUGCUUUAUUAAUGAAAGGACUCAUGCUGGAGUGUUUUGCUGUGAAUGUUAAACGGCUCGAGGAAAUGAACUGAUUCUUCUUAACGGUUUAAUCCAGAUUGAUUUAUAUGAGUCUUAACUUGUUAUGGGACCAAAGUCUCGUUGUCCAAAGGAGAAAGUGUGUGUGCGGAUGGAGACCAGGGAGUUUACUGCAUGUAGAGGAACAGUCCGUCACUUCACCACGUGCCACAUCGUUUGUUUCAUCUCGAUCUGUUAUUCCCGGGGUCAUACUUUUCCUGUCUCUGCUGUGAUCCACAGACUUCAUGUGAAUGUUGCCUUGAGCUGAUCUGAGCGGAUGAUGUCCAGCACCUGCUUCUGUCAGAAAGUAAAGUGUAUUAUUGAUAUUAAACCUGUUCCGGUGAUACUGUGUCAGUCUGUUUUGAGUUUUUGCAGAACUAUUCUAUAUUGUUCACAACAUCCAUCAUUGCAAAGAACGUAAUCUUUUUCAACAUUUACUCCUCUUCACUCCUCCAUGAUUUGACACAUGCUGGUCUGAAGGGUUAUACAUUUCUACAGAUUUUCAGAGAAAGUCCUUUAAUGAAUGUCUGUUGUACAGUUCACAUGCUCAUCUCAUUAAUAAAAGACAUUCAUUAUCUUUUUAUUA